UAGUAAUUUUAUAUUGUAGUGUGUCUCUCUCUGACUCUCAGCUUCUUUUUGCUCCUCCUCUUCCCCCGUUGAUAGGCAUGGCCAGUUCGUUACGGAUACCGCAUUGGCAAUUUAGCUCCCCACCACAAGUUGUUGAGUCUAGACUGUGCCCCAAUAAUCAUUUUGGUAUUCAUCAUCAUCUCCAACAUCAUCCACAGUCAUCUGUUGUCAGUUUUCGUAAAUUCGAUAGCUUUAAGGUAAUAUGUCGUGAUUCCAACGGCCAGCAAAGCAACACCAACCAACCCCAACAAACUGGCAUACAGAUUUACAGAGACAUUGAGAGGUUACUAACUGAGACUGUACGGCAAUCUCAAGGUGGUGGGUGGGGUGGUUCAAGAGAUUGGCAAGAAGUUGAGGGAGCCUGGGUAUUGAGACCUAGAAAUUUAAAGCCAGUGGCUGUUGUGCAUUUUAUUGGUGGCAUUUUUGUUGGGGCAGCCCCUCAGCUCACCUAUCGUUUGUUUCUUGAGCGCCUUUCAGAGAAGGGUGUAUUAGUGAUAGCAACACCUUAUGCUAGUGGCUUUGAUCACUUCUUCAUUGCAGAUGAAGUCCAGUUUAAAUUCGACAGGUGUCUUAGAUAUCUGGAUGAAACAGUUCGUGAUCUUCCAUCUUUUGGAAUUGGACAUUCUUUAGGAUCUGUCAUCCACCUUUUGAUUGGUUCUAGGUAUGCUGUGCAGAGGUGUGGUAACAUAUAUAUGGCAUUUAAUAACAAGGAUGCCAGCCUGGCGGUCCCGUUAUUCUCACCUGUUCUUUUACCAAUGGCACAAAGCAUUGGACCAAUCUUGUCACAGAUUGCAUCUUCACCAACAAUCCGUAUGGGGGCUGAGAUGACUCUGAAAAACUUAGAGAACCUUCCUCCCAUUAUGAAGCAAGUUAUACCUCUGGUGGAACAACUUCCUCCAUUGUACAUGGACUUGGCUAAUGGAAGAGAAAAUUUCUCUCCGAAACCAGAAGAAACUCGUAGACUAAUAAAAUCGUACUAUGGAAUCUCAAGGAAUCUUCUAGUCAAAUUCAAAGAUGAUACAAUUGAUGAAACCGCUGUCCUAGCUCAGGUGCUUAGCUCAGAGGCUGCCAUUAGUUCAGUGCUGGAUAUGUCAAUUCGUUCUCUGCCUGGGGAUCAUGGACUUCCUCUACAGCAGGCUUUACCAGAUGUUCCGCCAGGGAUGAUAGAUGCUGUAAACCGCAGUGGAGAGUUUUGGGCAAAUUUGACAGCAGGUACACCAUUAGAAACGGUUGCCAAAGAAGUAAGCAAUUCAUUAGGAGUAGACUCUACAGUUCUUCGUGCAGAUCUUUCGAAGGAAUUCGAUUUGCUAGUGGAUACUAUUUCCUCUUGGAUAAUUACAAAUGCUGGUACGAGACUUUUGAAGCCAUAAGAAGGCACCAUUAUCACGCGUUAAUACAAAUAUGUUGCCAAAAACAAAAAAGAGUACACAUCGGGUAUGUAUGAUCAAUGAUUAUGCGACUUGUAAUUACAUGACUAGCGAUUAGAUUUGCAUCACCAAUCUAUACAUCAAUACAUAUACUGAUAACUAUACAUGUAGGUUUGUAAAUGCAUAUUGGAACUAAUGCGAAGAUACAUUUAGGAAA